UGGGAAUCAAUUUUGUCGACAUCUUUGAUCCUUUCCCCGUCCCAGUCAUCAAAACUCCAAUUCUCCCAAUUCGCCGAAGAAAAUGCCGUCUUUACUCGGAAAGUAAGUAAAGCUCAAUCAAUCAAAUCUUGCACGCCAACUACUUGAUUCCGUCCUCUGCUCCACUUCUCAACUGAAUCAUCUCUCUUCCAGUACCAGCAAUCCCUUUCGAAACCUGGUCGCCGGAGCUGGGAAUUGGCCGAUCAAUGGCGGAAUUCGUGGUGGGUCCUCGCCUCUACAGCUGCUGGAACUGCAGAAAUCAUGUCUCACUGCACGAUGAUAUAAUCUCGAAGGCUUUCCAGGGGAAAAAUGGCCGAGCUUUUCUCUUCUCUCACGCGAUGAACGUUGUUCUGGGUACCAAAGAGGAUCGGAACCUGUUGACCGGCCUCCACACCGUCGCCGACAUCUACUGCGGCGAUUGCCGUGAGAUUCUGGGCUGGAAGUACGAGAGAGCCUACGAGGCUUCCCAGAAGUACAAAGAAGGCAAGUUCAUCCUUGAGAAAUGCAAGAUUGUCAAGGAGAACUGGUAGCAAAAACUAAAACUAGACAGAGCACUCUGUUUCAAAGGAUUCUGCUUUUGAGUAUUAGGAACUUUCAGAUUGGUGAUUUGUUUAUAAAUAUGUUCGUUCAUCAUUCUUCCCAUGUCUAAAAAUAGCUAUUCGUUUUGGAUUUCUCAUGUGUAAAACUGUAAAUACAACUCUGAUUCACCACCCCAAAAGUCUUGUUCUGUACCUAAGACUGUUGUGUGUGAUGUUCUAGUAAUUUGACAGAAGAAAUGAAGUGCCUUUCAAUCUUCA